GAGUCACAGCCAGGGGCUCUGGGCAUGUGGGUCCAGCAGGUGCCCUGGCCACUCACCUGGGCUGUACUGCAGUUGAGCUGGCAAGCAGGGUGGCUUCUAGAGGUCUCCAGCGGACCCUGGAGGCCCCUCACCUUCUCCCCAGCCUGGCUCACAGUGGCAGAGGGAGCAAAUGCCACCUUCACCUGCAGUUUCUCCAACUGGUCUGAGGACCUUAUGCUGAACUGGUACCGCCUGAGCCCCAGCAACCAGACUGAAAAACAGGCCGCCUUCUGCAAAGGGUUAAGCCAGCCCGUCCGGGACAGCCGCUUCCAAAUCACACAGCUAGCCAAUGGACAUGAUUUCCACAUGAACAUCCUUGCCACGCAGCGCAACGACAGUGGCAUCUACCUUUGUGGGGCCAUCUCCCUGCCCCCCAAGACACAAAUCAAGGAGAGCCCUGGAGCAGAGCUCGUGGUAACAGAGAGAAUCCUGGAGACCUCAACAAGAUACCCCAGCCCCUCACCCAGGCCAGCAGGCCAGUUUCAAGGCUUGGUCAUUGGUAUCAUGAGUGUCCUGGUGGGUGUCCCUGUGUUGCUGCUGCUGGUCUGGGUCUUAGCUGCCUCCUGCUCCACAGGUGUGCCAGAGGCCAGAAGAGCUGGAAGAAAGGAACAGCCUUUGAAGGAGGGCCCUUCAGCAGCACCUGUCCUCAGUGUGGCCUAUGAGGAGCUGGACUUCCAGGCACGAGAGAAGACUCCAGAGCCUCCCAUCCCCUGUGUACACACAGAGUAUGCCACCAUCGUCUUCUCUGAAGGGCUGGGUACCUCGUCCUUGGGACGUAGGGGCUCAGCGGAUGGUCCUCAGGGUCCUCGGCCUCCAAAGCAUGAGGAUGGACACUGCUCUUGGCCCCUUUGACCGGGUGCUUCUGCCAUUAGCAUCCUGCAGACUCUCCGCAGAGGGCACCGGUCCAUUCCUCCAUCAAGAGGAACGUGCAGACUACAGUGCAGCAAAGGCUCCCAGGGUCCGAGCUAUCUGGAGUGAGCUGUCUGGAGUGACCCAUCCAACACGUGUUGUUGAGUGACAGUUCUCUUAAUGUUUACCACCAGCUGGGAGCAGCAGGCAU